AUGGCCUCAGCAGCCUUUACGAGUCCCCGAGACUCUACAAACUCGGUUUCCAGUGUUCGUUCGAGCAGCCGACAUCAGCUGAAGCGAUCCAUCACCGAGCUCGCGUCGCCCGUGAAGCUCGGCCGUCGAGAGAAGAAAGAGAAAGAACGCGAUCGAUAUAAUGAGGACCGCGCCGUGCAUCCACACCACAUCUCAAUCUCCCAUCCCGUAUCUGCGAACCCACAAUAUCAGGGCAGAGCUUCAGUAGACAUCAUGACACGCUCAGAAGGCGUCACGCCGUACAUGAGCCCCGAUCAGAGUCGGAGGCCAAGCUUGAUGCUCUCGCGAGAGGAGGAGAACAGAACUCUCAACGUUCCUGCUCCGCCGGAACCCAAGACCAAGGAGAGAAUAUUGGAAGAUCAGGCCAGAACAUCCUCUCAGGUCGAGGGCCUAAAGCAAUCCCUGGUCGAGCUUGGAUCCUUCUCUACGUCCACAGCCCGGCGACUUGACGAGACAUACUACGCGGUUCUUGAGAAAAUGAGUACGCUUCAAUCCACUGUUUCCGCCUUGAAGGAGUUGGCGGAGGAGUCUCAGAACAUCCAUCGAAGUUUUGAGAAGGACGCUUGUGAAAUUGAAAAUGAUAUCACGUCACAGAUUGCAGCAAUGGGCCAGUUCAAGGAGCACCAGGAGAACAUCGAAUCACUCACGACCCGUGUCCAAGAUGGCCGCGCAAGGAUCCGCGCUCUUAGUGAUCGAGUCGAUAUUGUCCGAGAGCAAGUUGAGCUCUGGGAGCGUCUAGACAAGGAGUCCCAGGACAAGACACGGUUGAGGUUGAGGGCUAUCAUUAUAUGCAUCACAGUUGUGUUCCUUGCAGUGGUGGUUCUGUUCUUUGGUGCUCAGUAUGUCUCAAGGCAUAGUUCACUCUUGGGUAGUGAUAACUCGAACACACCUCGUGUUGCAGAGUCUAUCAUUCAGUCGCAUAGGGGAGCAGCACAUCCAUCAUUGUCUCUCCGAAGACCUGAGAAGAGUGGUGUUCCAUAUUCGAAGAGGAAGCAGGUGCAUACGCAUGCAGAGGAGGAGCUUCGUGUUUUCGACGAACUGUGA